GUUUCUUGUCACUAUAGAAGAACUCACACACACACAGAGUGAAAUGGGACUCAUAGAAUGGCUUUCUGGGAAAGCCCCGACGGAGAAACCCAUUUUGGCGCCUGAACCCCCAACCAGCGUUAUAGAGGGAAUCAUUGAGGAUCCAUCGACUAAAGAAGUGGCACUCUUGAACUAUAACAAUCCACAUAAUGACAAAGUAACCUCCGAAGCUAAUAAUGGGAGCAUAAAUUCAUUAGAAAAGAUGCUAGCAUCAAAUCCCUACUUUGCUGCCGGUGGUGGGUUGAUGGUUUUGGGUGCAGGAUUUGCAAUGUUAAGACAAGGUAUUUCAUCGUUUGCAAACUUGAUGUACCGUAGGUUAAUAGUCGAUCUAGAAAUAAGAAACAGUGACAAAUCUUAUGACUGGUUUUUGAAUUGGAUGUCGAACUACAAGAAUAGGGUUUCGAGACAACUAAGUGUCAAGACGACAUAUGUGCAACACCAAAACGGAUCUGUUGCGACGGGAUUUUCUUUUGUUCCCGGUCCUGGAAAUCACUGGUUCAGAUACAAGAAUGCAUGGUUUUUUGUCAAAAGGGAGAGAUCCGAGAGAAUACAUAACUCUGGACAACCCAUGGAAACUGUGACGUUGAAAACAUUGUAUAAGGACAGAUAUUUGCUGGCGUCAAUAUUGGAUGAAGCUAGACAAAUGGCAAUGAAAUUGAGUGAAGGUAAAACAGUUUUGUUUAAGUCCUGGGGCCAAGAUUGGAGGGUGUUUGGCAAACCAAGAAAGAAGCGGGUCAUUGAUUCUGUCAUCUUAGAUAAAGGCAUCAAAGAGUCUAUACUUCAUGAUCUGAAAGAGUUUUUGAAGUCAGGAGCAUGGUAUCAUAAUAGAGGCAUCCCCUAUCGUCGAGGCUACUUAUUGUAUGGCCCACCGGGAAGCGGUAAAACCAGUUUCAUACAAGCGCUUGCAGGUGAGUUUGAUUACAAUAUAGCAAUCAUGAAUGUAGGUGAGCCUAACUUGACAGAUGAUCGAUUGGCAUACUUGAUGAACAACAUACCAGAGCACACUAUCUUAUUACUCGAGGAUAUUGACGCAGCAUUUAAUAACCGUGCACAAAGUAACGAGAAGGGUUACGUCUCUGGAGUCACUUUCAGCGGAUUGUUAAACGCAUUGGAUGGUGUUGCAUCGGCAGAGGAGGUUAUCACAUUUAUGACCACAAAUCACCCCGAUAAACUUGAUCCUGCGCUGUUGCGACCAGGAAGAAUAGAUUUUAAGGUUUUAAUCAAUAAUGCCUCCGACUACCAGGUGGAGCAAAUGUUCAUGAGGUUUUACGAUGACCAAGAAAAGGCCAACGUGUUUAUGCAGAAAUUCAAGGAACUCGAAUUACCUUAUGUGAGUACGGCUCAGUUACAAGGGUUGUUUGUACAGUUUAAGGAAAGCCCUAAGUUGGCGACUCGCAACAUUGGAAUACUGAAGUCGCCACAUAUGAACAACUUCUUCUACGAAUGAUGCUAGCGAGACGAGCAUCAAAUGUAUAUAGUUACAGCAUGUAAAUAAAUUUAUGACUGGGGUAUUAAGUACUAAGCGUUACACAAAUCUGAACUAGAAUAAGUACUAUCUAAUAUGGUAUAUGGUAUAAAUCAAACGCAAUCUUUACGUUAAUCUGUUUUCAUUGGCAAACGUCUCGA